AUGGCGUUUGUAUUAAAUCGAACAUUAGGUCCGAUUGUAUCUCGACGACUUUUACAACGUGUUAUAACAAGUACAGCAAAUGAACAACAAUAUCGUUUUCGUUCUCGUACACCAUUUAAUACAGUUGUUCUAUUUGUACCACAACAAGAAGCAUGGGUUGUUGAACGUAUGGGAAAAUUUUAUAAAACAUUAAAUCCUGGUUUGAAUUUUUUACUUCCAAUUCUUGAUAAUAUACGUUAUGUGCAAAGUUUAAAAGAAAUUGCAAUAGAAAUUCCAAGUCAAGCAGCUAUUUCAAAAGACAAUGUAACAUUAAAUAUUGAUGGUGUAUUAUAUCUCAAAGUAUUUGAUCCUUAUUUAGCUAGUUAUGGUGUUGAAGAUGCUGAAUUUGCUGUAACACAACUUGCACAAACAACAAUGCGUUCUGAAAUUGGUAAAAUUACAUUAGAUACAUUAUUUCGUGAGAGAGAAUUACUUAAUGCUGGUAUUGUUGAGGCUAUCAAUAAAGCAGCUAAAGCAUGGGGUAUUAUUUGUCUAAGAUAUGAAAUUCGUGAUAUUCGUCUUCCUGCAAAAGUUCAAGAAGCAAUGCAAAUGCAAGUUGAAGCUGAAAGACGUAAACGAGCAACAAUUUUAGAAAGUGAAGGUAUUCGUGAAGCUCAAAUAAAUAAAGCUGAAGGUACAAAACAAGCAACUAUCUUAUCUAGUGAAGGUUUUAAACUUGAACAAAUUAAUAAUGCAAAUGGUGAAGCUGAAGCUAUACGUGCAAGAGCUAGUGCACGUGCACAAGCACUUCAAACAAUUUCUGAUAAACUUCAAUCUGAAGAAGGACGUAAUGCUGCUUCAUUACAAAUUGCUGAACAAUAUGUUCAUGCAUUUGCUAAUCUUGCUCGAACGAAUAAUACAAUUAUUUUACCAAGUAAUGCUGGUGAUAUGUCAUCAAUGGUAGCAUCAGCAUUAGCUAUUUAUAAUAAUCUUCAAACAAAAGAUCGACAAGGUUUUCUUUCACAUUCAACAUCAACUAAUUCAUCGACACCUGUGACUAAAUUAUCUUCUACUCCAAUAGAUUCAAAACUAUCUUCUAUUCCAAUUGAUUCAAAAUCAUCUACUGAUAUAUCAUCUGUACGGCAUAUUAAAAAAUCAAUUACUGAAAAAGACACACAUUAG